AUGUUCAAGCAGGAGUACCUGGGCCUGCGAGGACAGCCGCUGUCGAACGCCAUUGGAGUUGUAGCGGCUCUAUGUUUCUUCCUGUAUGGCUAUGAUCAGGGCCUUAUGGGAGGCUGGAUCACAAUGCCUGGCUUCAUGCGAGAAUUUCCGGACAUAGAUAUCAUCGACAAACCCGGCAACAUUUUGGCAACGAAUCUCAUGGGACUCACUAUAUCAGCAUGGAACCUGGGAGCCUUCAUUUCUGCCAUGGCCGCCGUAUUCGUUGGCGAUGGGCUUGGGCGGAAGAAGUUGGUCUGCGCUGGCCUGGCUUUGCUCUUGAUCGGCGAGGUUAUACAAUGUUCGUCUUUUGUAUGGGGUCAAUUCCUCGUGGGCAGAUUGAUUGCUGGAUUGGGGAUUGGGUUGAAUUGUACCAUGAUGCCAGCUUGGCAGGCUGAGUGCACAAAAGCUCACCGCAGAGGGACACUUUUGAUGCUUACCGCUGGAGCAAGUAUUGCGGCUGGCCUUACCUCAGCUUACUGGAUGGAUUUCGCUUUCUCCUGGCUUGAUCCUAAUUCAGCCAGCUGGAGAGUACCGCUUGCUUUGCAAAUCUUCAUGAUUGUCGUGGCGGCAGCGCUGGUGUGGUUUAUGCCAGAGUCUCCGAGGUGGCUCAUCCUUCAGGGCAGAGAGAACGAAGCAUUGAAGGUCCUCUCCGCACUGAACGACAUGCACUCAGACACGUACGAAGUCCAUCAAGAAUUCCUCCAAAUCAAAGACGCCGUCGUCGAAAUGGCCAAAGCAUCCUUCCCCAGCCUCUUCCACAUGGGCGAUUACCGCGACUUCCACCGUGUCGUGCUCGCAGUUGUCCUACAGCUGAGCCAACAAUUGGGUGGAAUCAACUUCAUGACACAAUACUACGCUGCCAUGUUCAUGAACCAAUACCUCUGGAUAGGCUGGAAAUCCCGCCUCCUCGCAGCUGGAGCAGGGACAUGUCUCUUCCUCGCCUCCUUCGUAGCAGUAUGGUGCAUCGACAGAAUUUGCGGCCGCCGAGCCCUCCUCCUUUUCGGCACAGCAGGAAUGCUCUUCUGUAUGAUCAUCCUCACCAUCAUGCUCCGCAUCAACAGCCGCGCAUCCCUCGACGCCGGCACAGCUUUCGUCUUCCUCUUCUGCAUGUGCUGGGCCAUCGGAUGGCAAGGAAUGUCCUGGCUCUACCAAGCCGAAAUCGUCCCUCUCCGAAUCCGCGGACCUGCCAACGCCCUCUCCACAGGCGCUAACUGGCUCGCCAACUGGCUGGUCGUCCUCAUCGCCCCCAUAGCUUUCACCACCUCCACUUGGAAAACUUACCUCAUCUUCGUCUCCACCAACGCCGUCAUCCUCCCUACAAUCUACUUCCUGUACCCAGAAACUUCUCUGCGCUGUCUCGAAGAAAUCGAUUACAUUUUCCACACCGCGAACUCUUCGCCGCGGCCGUGGUUCGACGUUAAGAAAAUCGCGGCCAAUGAGCCGUUGUGGUAUGGCAAGGAUAGUGAGGAACCUUAUGAUUAUGAGGCUUCGGAAUGGCAUCAGCGGCAUGUGAGGUUUGGGGAGGAGGUUAAGGAUUCCGAGGGUGAUAGUACGACGCUCAGGAAUAGUUCAAGUGGGAAGAUGGAGAAGAGUGUUGUUGAUGGGAGUUGUAGUGAGGAUUCGGCUCCGGCUCCGUUUGUGCCGACGAGGAGUGAGGAGAGUCCCAGGCGGAGUAGAAGUGCGGGACGGGGGAGGUGA